UUAUCUUGGGAAGAAGAAUCCAAUGUAUCAACAGGAGACGACAAUUCGCCAGCGGGUAAAUGUGAGUUUUUUUACAUACCAAGCGGCAGUUAAUUUCUGCGAGAGUUUUAAUGUUGUAUUUUGCGUGAACUGAUUUUUGCGAUUGGUCCAAUCUGCUUUUCUCACUGGGAGUUAAUUACACGAGUUUUGCGCGUUCAGUUGAGUCAAAAUACAGACAAACCAACGUCCGCGUAACUGGGUAAGUUGCUUCCUUUCCGUUUUUUUUUCGCGCGAAAAUUGGGGGCUGCGGGUUAAACGGCUUAUUUUUGCGAUUUAAUUUUUUUACUGUCGUUUUUCUGGUGAAAAAAUCCGUAAAACUUGCAAAAAUUUAGUGCCACACGAUUUUAGAUUUGGUGAUUGAAAAUAGACCUUGUCACGGUUUUGGAAGCCAUCUUGACUAGUAGGCAACCACGUAAAAAAUUACAGUGUAUGAAUGAGAAUCUAAUGUCGAAUAAGUUUCGUAAAACGGCUUUUCUGAAAAAAAAAUGAUUUGUAAACUUGAGCUACACAGCAAAGGAUUCUACUAACAAAUACUGUGCUUAAAUUUCUCCAGACGCUUGCUAUAGAUUUUCUAUAUAUUUGUCUAAAAUUUUUCCCGGUAAAUUUUAGUUGGCAGGAAGCCAGGUUGGCCUCGUAACCUGUUCCAGGCGUUUAGAUUAUGGGGACGGCGCUAUAAGAUGUGAGCAGAAAAAUACUAUUAGGGGGUGGGGUAGUGAUUUUUUCCCGCUCUCUGACUGUCACACCUCACUCCAUAAAAUCAAUUUUUGAACGUAACUCGGUUGCAGGGAAGUAGAUUUUUAUACCAAGAUGCUGAGGUUUUCGCGAAAAUCUAGGAAUACUUUCUGCUCAGUUUGACUUGCAUAGUUUGUGAAAAGUUAAUUUCAUAGUCACUCUGUUGAAGGUGCAAGCGAAUUUGGUAAGGCACAUAAUUUUUUUUCAAUGUUUGUAGUAGAGACAAACAAAUUUUGGAUUUCUACAACUUUUCUUCAAGAUUUUGCAUGGAACGAUCGAUCGAUUUAAAGGUUGUGUGGUAGAAUAUCCUGUCCUUGUGAUUUCUGUGGCUGUUGUUUAAAGAUGCGUAUUUAUUUUAGUCUUUUUUGUUCUUUAAAUAUAUAGAAGGACUAUAUUUUAAUUUCAGUAAACUGUAAUAAAGAGUUUGGGCAUCUGUUUUCAGAUUAACUGUCUGGUUAUAUAAAGGCCCAAGCAUUUUCAACUGAGGACUCCUUAUUAUUUUUCAACUGUGACUCACUGGUUCCGAACAGGGACUCGUGAUUUUUCACAAGAUGAUGGAGUCACCAUAACUAUUUGUAACAAAAUCACUGAGAGUUUUAAUGUUUUUAAUUUGACUAGUUUUUAUUUUCUUGCUAGCGUUUGGAAGUUUGGCUCUUAUAAAACAAAAGAGAAAGAAGAAGACAAAACACAAGAGACGACCAAGAUGAGAAGAGGCACUAUUGAAGGAGGUCUGAGGCUGAAGAAAAGUACGAUGAAAUUCGUCUGA